AAUGGACACGCUACAGGAAGCAGCACAGAGUGGCCGCCUACAACAAAUGACAAUUUUAACUCACCAUCUCCCAGUUUUACACCAGUGAUGCCUGGAGAAACUUAAACCUGCAGUACAAUUUGUCACCAACUUUUUCCUACGUUUGGAUACAAUCCGAACCCUCCCUUAUUAAUCAUCUGACAACAAUGACAGUUAGGACUAUGUUAUAGGUUCAUGCAAUAUCUAAUAUAAGUGCGUUUACUGAAGAGGACGACUACACAUUGGAAAAGCUUCACCUGUAGCUCCAUCAGGGGAGAUUUCAUGCAAAGUUCCCCAAAGAAAUUCUUACUCCAGAAAGUUUACUCCAGUUGCUGCCCUGAAAUCUGAAGGUUCUGAUCUGCAUCCAUCCUAAAGGACCACAGAGAUGUCAUCUCCAAGUAGCUGCUUCAAGAUGAAAUGUGAUAACCUGAUCACCUACCUGAGGAUUAUUGGGACAACAAUGUUUGGCGUCUCGCUGCUAGUAGGAAUCUCUACUGCCUACAUCAUGGGCUACCAGUUCUUCACAACUACGGGCAAUUAUCUGUCCUUUGGUCUUUACGGAGCCAUUUUGGUCAUUCACCUCAUCAUCCAGAGUUUGUUUGCUCUGUUAGAACACAGAAACAUGCGGCGGUCCAUGGGGACACCGAUCAAACUCAACAAAUCACUGGCACUUUGCAUAGCUGCCUACCAGGAAGACCCCAGUUACUUGAGAAAGUGCUUGCUAUCAGUUAAGAGGCUCACCUAUCCAAACAUCAAGGUCAUUAUGGUGAUUGAUGGGAAUAAUGAAGAUGACAUCUACAUGAUGGACAUCUUUCGGGAAAUAAUGGGCCGGGAAAAGGCAGCCACCUAUGUCUGGAAAAAUAACUACCACCAGCUAGGGCCAGACGAGACCGAGGAGUCAUACACCGAGAGCCUGCAGCAUGUCUCUCAGCUGGUGCUCUCCAAUAUGUGUGUGUGCAUUAUGCAGAAGUGGGGAGGAAAGAGGGAAGUCAUGUACACAGCCUUCAAAGCCCUGGGGAAGAGUGUCGACUAUGUGCAGGUGUGUGACUCGGACACUAUGCUGGAUCCUGCCUGUUCAGUGGAGAUGGUGAAGGUUCUAGAGGAAGACCCCAUGGUGGGGGGAGUUGGAGGAGAUGUACAGAUCCUGAACAAAUAUGAAUCAUGGGUGUCCUUCUUGAGCAGCGUGCGCUAUUGGAUGGCCUUUAACAUUGAGCGAGCCUGCCAGUCCUAUUUUGGCUGUGUGCAAUGUAUAAGCGGCCCUUUGGGAAUGUACAGGAACUCUCUGCUCCAUGAGUUUCUGGAGGACUGGUACAAUCAAACUUUUAUGGGAAGCCAUUGCAGCUUCGGGGAUGACCGACAUCUCACAAAUCGCGUGCUCAGCCUUGGCUAUGCAACUAAAUACACAGCACGCUCCAAGUGCCUGACCGAGACUCCUAUCACAUACCUGCGUUGGCUCAACCAACAAACACGCUGGAGCAAGUCAUACUUCCGAGAGUGGCUCUACAACUCCUUGUGGUUCCACAAGCACCAUCUGUGGAUGACCUAUGAGGCUGUUAUAACUGGCUUCUUCCCUUUCUUUCUUAUUGCCACGGCCAUCCAGCUCUUCUAUCAUGGCCGCAUCUGGAACGUUCUUCUCUUCCUACUGAUUGUACAGGCUGUGGCACUCAUCAAGUCCUCAUUUGCCAGUUGUUUGCGAGGCAACAUAGUCAUGGUCUUCAUGUCUUUCUACUCAGUGUUAUACAUGUCCAGUCUUCUACCAGCAAAGAUGUUUGCAAUAGCAACAAUAAACAAGUCUGGUUGGGGUACUUCGGGGAGGAAGACUAUAGUCACAAACUUCAUUGGCCUCAUCCCUAUCUCGAUUUGGUUCACAAUUCUAUUUAUAGGCAUUCUAUAUACCAUUGCCCAAGAGGCACGAAAUCCUUUUCCAAAUUCUGAGAAGAUAGUCUUAAUAAUUGGUGCAAUAGUAUAUGCCAGCUACUGGACCGUGUUUUUGACUUUGUACAUGGUUCUUAUAACAAAGUGUGGCAAAAGGAAGAAAGAUCAGCAGUAUGACAUGGUGCUCGAUGUCUGAUGUGCCUCACUGUGUUGUCCCUCCCUUAUCAAAGUUUACAUUGUGAACAGAAUGCUCUGCUAUUAGUUCUCCAUACAUGACAGAAAAAGACUCCUUCAAAGAGAGCUACUAUUGCUGCUGUGACUUGAUACCAUGGACAUUUUUUUUAAAUAAUAAGGAAACACCAAAAACCCAAAACGAGGUUCAAACUGUUGAUUAUCGACUGUUAAUUUUAUACUUUUCCCAAAAACCAUCAACUUAACUUUCUUUUCCAUUUUAUCCAUGAAACUGAUGUUUAUUUUCGAUGCACUUUUUGUAUCUUUCUCUCUUUCAUCAGACAGAAUGCUUGACAAGGAACUCAAUGAACAAAUACCUCAGUGGUUAUGUUUGCAUUGUGUGAUUGACUGGGAUGCAGUCAAGGCUCAUUCUUUUCAAAUAAUUUAUUGUGUUUUUUUAAACAUUGUUUUAUAUAUAAAUAUAAAUGUAAACAUUUUUAAUGAAGGCCAAAACUGAAUGUGUUGGCCAUGCUGUAUUUUGUAUUUGCAUAUUGUAUUUCUUUUCCUUUUAUAUAGACAAGUUUAUUUUUACUUAGCCAUGAAAGAUUCUUUAUUUUCAGUCAUGAAUAUAUGAGAAAAUGCAUUGUGCAUUUAACUGUUAUUACAAUGAAUUGUUCAUACGACCAAAAAAUGUGAAGCUGGGUUUCGUGUUUCGUGCAUUGAUGACAAUAAAAUGCGAUUCUAGUAACAAGUGAUUUAUAAAGAAGAAGAAUAACCUGUGUUAUUGAAAAAAAGUAUUACCUGACAAGAAAACCAGCAUAUUUAUAGAAACAAUCUGUGGUUUGUUGUUUUUGUAUCUGACUUAUUGUAUGUUUGUACACAUAUUUGGCCUGUCAACUAUUAUGAAGACUGAUGAACAAUCUAUCACAUUUCAGACAAUGUAUUUGCACACGGAUAUUCACACACGGAUUUCUAAACAUGUCCACACUCGAACAGCAUGACUUUUUAUUCAAUGUGAUGUGUUUAUUAUUUAUGAUUUAAAUGAGCCUAUUGACAAGUAUCUAAUAACGCUGAUGCUGAUAUGAGACAUAUGAAAUUGUAGAUGUGAUGUCAAAUGAACUGGCCUGUAAACUCAGUAACAGGCAUGUCUUUAAACAAUUUCUAAGCUCAAGAGCAAAUGGGUCAACUGAGGGCUGGAAUUAAAAAUUGACUAUGAAAGUAUUUCCUUGCGAUCUAAUUAUGCCAAAUGUUAUGUAGGCAGUAUUAUUAUAAAGCACUUUUUGUGUUUGUGCCAAAUCGAAAACUUUCUUACUAUGCAUACACAAUGUGUUUUUGUUUCCUUUGUAAACAUUAUGUUUUUGAAAAAAAUAAAAUACAUUGACCA